GUGCGUGCUUCGGGGAUGUGUACCCAAGAAACUACUGGUUUACGCGUCACAAUUUGCUCAUGAGUUUGAAGAGAGUAAUGGUUUUGGAUGGAGAUAUGAGACUGAGCCAAAGCAUGAUUGGAGCACAUUAAUGGCUAAUAAGAAUGCUGAGUUGCAACGCCUCACUGGGAUUUACAAAAAUGUUCUUAAAAAUGCUGGUGUCGCUUUAAUCGAAGGUCGUGGAAAGAUAGUGGACCCACACACGGUUGAUGUAGAUGGGAAGCUAUAUUCUGCGAGACAUAUACUAGUUUCAGUUGGGGGGCGACCCUUCAUUCCUGAAAUUCCCGGAAUUGAAUAUGCAAUAGAUUCUGAUGCUGCCCUCGAUUUGCCUUCGAAGCCUAAGAAAAUAGCAAUAGUUGGUGGUGGGUACAUUGCCGUGGAAUUUGCUGGCAUCUUCAAUGGUUUGUCGAGUGACGUCCAUGUGUUUAUAAGGCAAAAGAAAGUUUUGAGGGGUUUUGAUGAAGAGGUUAGAGAUUUUGUUCAAGAACAGAUGUCUUUGCGAGGAAUCGAGUUCCAUGCAGAGGAGUCCCCUCUGGCUAUCGUUAAGUCAGCUGAUGGUUCAUUGUCUCUGAAGACCAACAAAGGAACACUUGAAGGGUUUUCACACAUUAUGUUUGCGACAGGACGUAGACCUAAUACAAAGAAUUUAGGAUUGGAGGAAGUAGGCGUAAAACUGAGCAAGACUGGAGCAAUAGAGGUUGAUGAAUUUUCUCGUACAUCAGUUCCUUCAAUCUGGGCUGUAGGAGAUGUUACUGACAGAGUGAACCUGACUCCAGUUGCUUUGAUGGAGGGAGGGGCAUUAGCCAAAACACUUUUUCUGAAUGAGCCAACAAAACCUGAUUACAGAGCUGUUCCUUCUGCUGUGUUUUCCCAGCCACCAAUUGGGCAAGUUGGUUUUACUGAAGAACAGGCUAUCGAACAAUAUGGUGAUGUUGAUAUCUACACGUCAAACUUCAGGCCUUUAAAGGCUACUCUCUCAGGGUUGCCAGAUCGAGUGUUCAUGAAACUUUUAGUCUGUGCAAAGACAAACAAAGUUCUGGGACUGCACAUGUGUGGGGAAGAUUCCGCAGAAAUUGUGCAGGGAUUUGCAGUUGUUGUGAAAGCUGGCUUGACAAAGGCAGACUUAGAUGCCACAAUUGGUAUUCACCCGACAGCCGCUGAAGAGUUCGUCACAAUGAGGACUCCCACUCGGAAGAUUCGGAAAAACCCUCCAUCUCAGGGGAAGACAGAUUCUGAUGUUAAGGCUGCCGCUGGUGUUUGAUCGUGGUUGACCAAUCUGCUGCACGACAUGGCUCCUGAAGUUUGUACAUGAAAAUCCUUUUGAAACAGGUGCUGGAAAACGCAGCAUCUGACUUAGAAGAGUUGAGGUUCUGCAGAGCAUGGAUGGUGCAAGUCUCCUCACGAGGCCAGCGAGGAACUUGAGCAAAAACAGGUCGUCAAAAGUCCUUUUACUAUAAUUAGGUAGAGUAAGUUUCCGCUUCAGUAAUUGCAGUUGAGUUGCUGUAUGAGCUAUGCUCAGGCUCCACUUCAACAUAUUUUUGACGUUAGCAUCGAUGGAUAAAUGCGUAUUUGCUUUUCUUGAGCUUCUCUGUACAACAUAU